UGCAGGUUCUGUUCAGGUGUGAGAGGUGGGGGCCGCCUCGCGCCGUGGCCUCCAGUGCACACCGAAACGCCGAUCCGGCGCAUACCACGCGAGUGAAGUGUACAGUCACCUAAUAAAACGAGGAGUUACCGUUUUGGAAACGCUAAUCUAAAGGAGGCUGGGGCAAGCGGUGACCGUAACCAGGUGUGAUGGGUUCAGCGUGAGGCCGCAGCGGAGACAAGAUGGCGCUCAGAAGCGGAAGUGGUACUUCCAGGAGUGCCCAACGCGCGCUCGAUGAGUUCGAAGAGCUGGCGGGUCUCCGCGGGGGUGAGGGUCGGGACGGGCGGGGGGACGAGCGAUCUGCCUACGUCCUGGAGCACCUGGCCACCUUCACCGUGACGCGGGAGACCGGGAUCGUGUACCCAGCCGACGGGAUGCGGCGGCUGCUGCAGCUGGAGAAGACUAAUGGAAUAUGGAGCCAGAAGAUGCAGCUGUGUCUAGAGGGGCAGUGGGUGCUAGUCAUGGAUUAUGAAACUGGGUCAAUAAUGGAGCGGUUCCCCGCAUCGUGGGUGCACUCCCCCACGGCCUUCACGUCCCCCGAGCCGGCCGAGCUGUACAACAAUGUCCUAGCCUUCGUCGUGGGGGCCCCGGCCGACGCCCAGGGCGCGGGCACCCCCCGGCGGGAGCUGCACAUCUUCCAGUGCCAUGACGUGGGGGCGCAGGCACUCGUCGAAGAACUGAACGCUCUGAAGGGCGUGAGUUCUGGGGGGUCGGGCGAGGGGGGUCGCGACUUCGUGAUCGAGCGGGAGAGAGAACGCGAGCGGGAGCGGGACGGAGAUAUGGAACGGCCGAGGCGGCAGCAAAUGUCGGCCCAGCUGGGAGGGGGCCGGGAGCGGGGCGGGUCGGGCGGCGAGCGGGACGACGCCUCCUCCACGGGCUCCGAGCGGCUGUACGAGCAGGACAUCGCCAUCCUCAACCGCUGCUUCGACGACAUCGAGAAGUUCAUAGCGCGGCUGCAGCACGCGGCGGCUGCCUCCAGGGAGCUGGAGAGGAGAAGGAGAUCUAGGGGCGGAGGAGGCAAACGAGCAGGCGCCGGCGAAGGCAUGCUCGCCUUACGGACACGGCCACCGCCAGAGAGAGACUUCGUGGACGUCCUGCAGAAGUUCAAGCUGUCCUUCAACCUCCUGGCGCGGCUGCGGGCCCACAUCCACGACCCGAACGCCCCAGAGCUCGUCCACUUUCUCUUCACACCCCUGGCCCUCAUAGUGGACGCCGCUCAAGAUGCAGCAGACGGGAGGCUACCAGCGCGCGUGGUCCAGCCGCUGCUGACCAGGGACGCCCUGAACCUGCUGGCCAAUUGUGUGACCAGCAAGGAAACGGAGCUGUGGCACUCGUUGGGAGAUGCAUGGCUUAUACCCAGGGAGCAGUGGAAGACUCCGAUCCCCCCGUACCAGCCCGUGUUCAUGGACGGCUGGACUCCGGACUACCAGGUGGACGACCAGCCCCUCAGGCGUCCGUCCCCGCGGCGGAGCGACAGCGCGGCGGAGCGGGCGGCGGAGCGGGGCGGCGAGCGGGGCGGCGAGCGCGCGCCGGACCGCGCCGACUCGGCCGUGCCCGGCCCGUACUACGACCGGGACGAGCCGGACGUGUACGGGGACCAGUACACGACUUACAACAGAGCGCCCCGGGCGCUGGCUCACGAGGACUCGGGCUCCGCGGCGUCGUCGCCCGACCGGGAGCCGCCGUUCCGGGGCCCGGACAGAGAAGAUGACGACCUGGGCGAGGCGUGGGCGCGCGGCGUGGCGGCGCGCGGCGGCCGCGUGGUGCGCGUCACGUACCCGCGCACCGCCAACAACGACAAGGAGCUCUCCGUCGUGCGCGGCGAAUACUUGGAGGUGCUAGACGACUCCCGCAAGUGGUGGAAGGCGCGCAACCGGCGCGGCGUGACGGCGCACGUGCCCCACACCAUAGUGGCGCCCGCGCUGUCCCCGCCCGCCUCGCCGCACCUCUACCCCAACCCUAUCUACACGCACUACCAGGAGGGCGGCGGUCGCGGUUCCGGCGGCAGCAGUCCGACAAACGCGGCGGGUAGGGGCGCGGGGGGCGCGGGGGGCGCGGGCGCCGACUGGGUGCGCCGCGAGCGCAUCGGCAAGAAGGAACGGCAGCCGGCAGCGCCCCCUCCGCCGCCGCCGCCGCCCCCGCCGCCCCCGGAGCCAGUGGAGAAGAAAACUGAUACCAUGAAGUCGACGCGAUCGAACAUAAGCACGGUGAGCGGCCUUCACGACGAGCUGCUGGUCGUGCUGCCGCAGAUCCAGCAGCGCCGGAACAAGCUGCUGGACAUCAAGAAGACGCCCGACAUCUUCAUUCAUCAGAAAUCCAAUCCAGACGAAGUGGUGAAUUGGCUAGAAGCGAAAGGCUUCAGCUCCCACGCUCAGCGUCAGCUGCGGAUGUCCGGUCACCAGCUGUUCUCCUUGAGCCGGCAGCAGCUGGAGACGGCGCUGGGCGGCGACGAGGGCAAGCGGCUCUACAGCCAGAUCCUGGUGCAGAGGAACGUGUCCGGGACUUUUUUAAUUCCAGUACAAAACCACUUCAUCAUCGGAGCUACAAAGCAUCCUGCGGAAGGCUCGCGAGAAGGUGGAGGUGUCGUGAGCUCGAUGAUGACCUCCCGGAGACCAGACGAUGAUGGUGAUAACUCUUCGUGCUGCUGAGUCAGUGUCAUCUGUAGCAAUGUGGCUAUGGAUCUAUACGAUGUGCCUUUUUAGUGCUAAUGAAUUUUCUUAUUUGACUACUUUAGUUUCAAUUUAUUUAUUUCCUAAAUAGGACAUUAACCUAAUGACAUCAAAUACUAAUUAAUCAAACUUAUUUUCACUUCCAAAGCAAAAGUGAAAAUGAAGCAGCGAAACAAACUGCACUGUAGUAUUUUUACCCGACUAUGAGGAAAGACUAUGUUUAUCGCGCGUGUCUUCUUAGCUUUUAAGAUCAAGUAUAAAAUUUUCACUAGCUACUCAUAAAUUUUCAAAACUCGUGCCUCACUCAGUUUAUGCCUCACCUUUUAAUAUAACUCUAUAAAAAGACAAUAAUUAUUAUUACAGUGAAAUUUCGGAAGAAUUUUUUAUAUAAGAUUUUUAUUAUAUACCUAGUUAUAUUAUUAAUUUUAUAUGUUACUAGGUAAAUUCUUUAAAUAAUUUAUUGUUAUUUUUUUAAGUUAUUAUAUGUUUAAGUCCAAAUUUAUAAAUUUACGUUGAUUAAUAUAAAUAAAACCUUAUUUUA